CUAAAAUCAGGAACCUUCAGCGGAGACACACACACAUACACUUACCCACACACCCCAAAAUAAAGAAGUAACAAACAGAAACCUCUGUCCCUUUGCUACGGCCACAGUUAGGGAGCUUGCCCUUUACGGUGUGUCUCUAGCUGUCUUUUUUGGUGGGCCUUUGGUGAUCUGAGGGCCCCCACUGGAUGAGGAGUGAGGACUUAGAUCUUUGGUUUCGUUAUAAGAGGAAAUUUGGCAGAGUUGAGCAAUGGUACGGGGACAGUUUUAGAAAAGCCCUUGAGAAAGCAUCAGUGUCGCAGAUUUUGUGUCAGGCGUGAAGAAUCAAUGCUGCAUCCUUACAGAAUGGAGGGGUACAUCAUCCCACCCAGAGAAGAGAGUAGAGACAGAGUAUCCUGGACUGGUUGGAUGUCACAAACACCAUCCGUACAAAAAGAUUACUGGGCAGUUUUAACCAAAGAUCAACAAACAGAGGAAAUGUUUGAGUCUGACAUGUAUCGACCAACAAUGGAAUAUCAAUACAUCAUCGAUGAUGGUCAGACUGAUCACUCUUGGGAUUAUAAUGCACAUCAUGUCCAUCCGGUGGAUUUCGAAAACCUGCCCGAAAGCCAUUUCACAGAGCUACAGAGUGUGCAGCCACUACAUGUAUCGAAUGUGCAUCGCUUCACAGAUGUUGAGUCUGGUCAUUUUAUCGACCCGAGCUUGACUGGGCAUCACCUCACCCUGCCCCCUUCACAGAUGCCAUAUUUGACGCGGCCGUCAGUGUGUUAUCCUCACAGUGUACAGCCCUCUCCUCUGCAACGCAGUUCCGAUGAUGAUGACCCCGGCAGUCGUAGUCCUCCUUUAGAAGUGUCUGAUGAGGAGUGUAUGAGAGACCACAUUACUUCAACAACAGGGGGAGAACAUGGUACGAAGAAGAAAAUUCGCUUGUAUCAGUUCCUGCUGGACCUUCUGCGAAAUGGUGACAUGAAGGACAGCAUCUGGUGGGUGGACAGAGAAAGGGGAACAUUCCAGUUCUCCUCAAAGCACAAAGAAGCUUUAGCACACCGUUGGGGCGUACAGAAGGGAAACCGCAAGAAGAUGACCUACCAGAAGAUGGCAAGAGCUCUGAGAAACUACGGCAAAACAGGAGAAGUCAAAAAGAUCAAGAAAAAACUUACCUACCAGUUCAGUGGAGAGGUUCUUGGGAAAGGCCACACAGAAAGGAAGCUUUACAUGUAAACAUAUUUGUAAGGUAAAAGAGAGAGAGAGAGAGAGAGAGAGAGUGAGAGAGAGAGAGUGAGAGACAGAAAGAGAAAGGGAGGGAGGGAAAGACUGCGAGAACUUGUCAAAUUUGGAUAUCAAGCUUGAAUCCUAAGUUUCCAUUCCUUUCUUUAUUAUUCACCUUCGCAUUAAUCAAGUAAACGAUAAGUCCUUUAAAAAAAAAUGUUUAACAGCUUUUGUGAUGCAGGACCAACUUUUAAUGUAGGAUCUGUAUAUUGUACAUACUGUAUAAAAGCGCAGAUAGAAUGUUACAGGGUCAAAAUGGGUAGAUAAUAAAACUAUUUUCAAGUA